AGCCACCCUCCCUCCUAUAAUACUAGUGUUCUUCUUUUCUUGCGAAAUACAUGAAGAAUCUGUGGUGGAUUGGAUCCCGGGCAACUAACGAAUCGCGGUGGCUUCCGGUGGGAGUUGAUUCAAGUUACAAUACGACUCCCCCGAUAAUUUGCCCUAACAUUCAUUCCUCCUCCCACCCCAAAUCCAUUCAUCCGCCGCUGCUUUCUCAAUCGCCGCCGCCCCCGCCGCCAUGGGUCAGAUUCUCGCCAAAUACGAAGAUCUCUGGCACCAUUUCGGCAAAGAAUGGAGAGAAAAACAAACACGGCAGAUAACCGACACGGUGUUUGAACGGUUCAAGAAGGACUCGGACAGAGUGAAUCUGAUUUUUGAAGAUCUCUAUAUCUCUGUGCUGCUUAUAUUCAACGAUAUAAACAAACGUUUGCCAGGGCCUCACCUAGACCCUCCUUCAAAAGAACAAGUUAGGGCCUUGAUGAAGAAAUAUGAUUUCAACCUUGACGGGGAGUUGGACCGCGAGGAGUUCAACAAGUUCAUCCUGGAACUAACAAAAGACACGUUCUUCACAAUCAGUCAAAAGUUGACUACUACACUGGCAGUGGCACCAACAGUGGCUUUGCUGACAAAGAAGACAACCGAGGACAUACCCGUGGUUGGGAAGGUGGUGCAGAAGUUGCCCAGUUCGGUUUAUGCAUCCCUUGUCACCCUCGCAAUUGUCCUCUUCCAGAAAGCAACCGAAGGCAAGUAAUCAAACACCGGUUCGGUUUCACGACACCCGGCCCGAAGGGCAGUUGAUAAGGUCUUUUUCCGCACUUUGUGCGAAAAAAAGGUGCAUUUAAUGCACUUUUGUUUUUCUUUUUGGCAAAGAGGUGCAUUUAUAUGUGAUAUAAACGCACCUGGUUGCCAAGAAAGUCAUGACGAACGUGCAAUAAAUGCACCUUAUCAACAUCCCUUGAGACCGGUAUUAGCGAAACUGAUAAAAGAUUUAUUCUUUGCAUUGUAAAUGAACUCAACUCGCAGUU